GAACCGAGCCUGGACCCGACGCACCGCGGGCACCGAAACCAAGGCUCCUGGCCCCCUGGUUCUCAGAGUUCACCUUUGAGAUGGAAAACAUGGCCCUUCGGCCUUCGCUGCUGACCUGCCUUUUCCUGCUAAUCUCCGUUUCCUAUGAGAUCUUCCCCAGAACGAAUUAUUCUAGAAGUUAUCCUUGUGAUGAGAAAAAACAGAACAACUCUGUUCUUGCAGAGUGCAACGACCGUCGCCUGCGGGAAGUUCCCCGAACACUGAGCGAGUACGUGACCGACCUGGACCUGUCAGGUAAUCUCAUCACACUCAUAACAAACGAAUCCUUCCAAGGGUUGCACAAUCUCACCAAAAUCAACCUAAACCACAACGCCAACCCACAGCACCACAAUGAAAACCCUGAGCUGAGCAGGAACGGCAUGAACAUCACCGACGGGGCCUUUCUCAACCUACAAAGCCUGGAGCAGUUAUUGCUGGAAGACAACCAGCUAGACAAAAUCCCAGCGGGCCUGCCGGGGUCUUUGAGAGAACUUAGUCUAACUCAAAACAACAUCCUUUCCUUCACUAAAAAGAACACUUCUGGACUGACGAAUCUCAGCCGUCUCCACUUGGGCUGGAACUGCUAUUUUGGCAACGAUUGUUCCAAAACCUUUGUCAUUGAAAACGGGACGUUUGAAAGCUUGAAGCACCUGAAGGUGCUGUGGCUCUCCUUCAAUGACUUGCAUCAUGUGCCGCCCCGGCUGCCAUGCUCCCUGACUGAACUUUAUCUCAGCAACACCAACAUCAGCAGCAUCAGCCAAGAAGACUUCCAGGGGCUGGGAAAUCUGCAAGUGCUAGAUUUAAGCGGGAACUGCCCAAGGUGUUUCAAUGCCCCGUUCCCUUGUCUCCCCUGUAAAGGCGAAGCUUCCAUUCAGAUACAUCCUCUGGCUUUCCAAAGUCUGCACGAACUGCGCUACCUGAACCUCUCCAGCACCUCACUGAGGAAUAUCAGCGCAAGCUGGUUCGACAAUAUGCCUUAUCUGAAGGUGCUGCAUCUUGAGUUCAAUUACUUAGUGCACGAAAUAGCCUCCGGGGAAUUUUUAACCAAACUGCCCUCCUUAGAAAUACUUGACUUGUCUUUUAACUAUGAAAAGACAGCCUAUGAGCGCUGUAUUAAAAUUUCCCCAAACUUCUCUAACCUCACGUCUCUCCGAGUCCUGCACUUAAGAGGCUACGUGUUCCAGGAACUCAGAAAAGAGGACUUCCAGCCCCUGAUGACUCUCUCCAACUUAAAGACCAUCAACCUGGGUGUUAACUUUAUUAAGCAAAUUGAUUUUAGUAUUUUCCAGCAUUUCCCCAACCUGACCAUCAUUUACUUGUCAGAAAACAGAAUAUCCCCCCUGGUCAAUGACACCAGGCUAGAGCCUGGGGGCGGCUCCUCCUUCCAGAAUCACAUCCGGAGGCCGCGCUCGGCGGGCGUUCAGUUUGACCCGCAUUCGAAUUUCUACCACACCACCAACCCUUUGGUAAAGCCACAAUGUGCAGCCUACGGCAAAGCCUUAGAUUUAAGCUUGAACAGCAUUUUCUUCAUUGGGGAAAAGCAGUUCGAAGCUUUCGGGGACAUCGCCUGCUUGAAUCUCUCCUCCAAUGGCAACGGCCAGGUGCUCCACGGGACAGAAUUUUCAGCUGUGCCUCAUGUCAAAUAUUUGGAUUUGACAAACAACAGGCUGGACUUCGCUGACGACAGGGCUCUCAGCGAGCUGACCGAGCUGGAGGUCCUAGAUCUCAGCUACAACGCGCACUAUUUCCGCAUAGCCGGCGUCACCCACCAGCUGGGGUUUAUUCAGAAUUUAACGCAGCUGAAGGUUUUAAACCUGAGCCACAACAGCAUUUACACCCUGACGGAGUACCAGCUGAAGAGCGAGUCCCUGGAAGAGUUAGUUUUCAGCGGAAACCGCCUGGACCGCUUGUGGAACACCGACGACAACAGGUACCGGCAGCUUUUCCAGUGCCUCGGGAACCUGAGCCGGCUGGACCUCGCCUUCAACAGCCUGCAGCGGAUCCCGGACGAGGCCUUCCUCAACCUGCCCCGCAGCCUCGCCGAGCUCUACCUCAACGACAACAUGCUCGAUUUCUUUAACUGGACGCUCCUCCAGUACUUUCCUCAUCUCCACCUGCUCGACCUCAGCGGCAACCAGCUUUCCUCCUUAACCAGCAGCCUCUUGCAGUUCACGCCUCUUCGGACCCUGCUGCUGAGUCACAACAGGAUCUCCCAGCUGCCCUCCGGCUUUCUUUCCGAAGCCAGCAGUCUGGUGCACCUCGACUUAAGCGCCAACCUGCUAAAGACGGUCAACAAAUCCACGGGGCAGGGCAAGGCCGCCGCCACCUUAGCCAUUCUGGAGCUAGGCGGGAACCCUUUCGACUGUACCUGCGACAUCGGAGACUUUCGAAUGUGGAUAGAUGAGAAUCCGAACGUCACCAUUCCCAGGCUGACAGACGUCCUCUGCGCCAGUCCCGGCGAUCAAAGCGGGAAGAGCAUCGUGAGCCUAGAGCUGACGACCUGCGUCUCCGACGCCAUCGCGGCCGUCCUCUGUCUCUUCACCUCCUUCGUCACCAUGCUGGUGAUGCUGGCCGCGCUGGCCCACCACUGGUUCUCCUGGGACGCCUGGUUUAUCUACCACGUGUGCUUAGCUAAGGUCAAAGGCUACCGGUCUCUUUCCACAUCCCAGACUUUCUACGAUGCCUACGUUUCUUACGACACCAAAGACGCCUCCGUCACCGACUGGGUGAUCAACGAGCUGCGCUUCCACCUAGAGGAGAGUGAGGAAAAGAACGUGCUCCUGUGCCUGGAGGAGAGAGACUGGGACCCGGGACUCGCCAUCAUCGACAACCUCAUGCAGAGCAUCAACCAAAGCAAGAAGACCAUAUUCGUCUUAACCAAAAGCUAUGCCCAGAACUGGAACUUCAAGACAGCCUUCUACUUGGCUCUGCAGCGGCUCAUGGACGAGAACAUGGACGUGAUCAUCUUCAUCCUGCUGGAGCCCGUGCUGCAGCACUCGCAGUACCUGCGGCUGCGGCAGCGCAUCUGCAAGAGCUCCAUCCUCCAGUGGCCUGACAACCCCAAGGCCGAAGGCUUAUUUUGGCAAAGUCUGAAAAACGUGGUCCUAACGGACAAUGACUCCCGGUACAACAAUUUAUACGUCAAUUCCAUUAAGCAGUACUGACUGGUGCCAAGUCGCGGCUCCCCGGCGCAAACACAGGCACAGCCGCCACCCUGCUGUCCCAGGCCCCGACCGCUGUGGAACCAGCGACCCCAACUUCGUGGCUUCGGCUGACGCGCGCUUAACUCCAGGCCCGGCUUAACCGGGGCGUGGGCUCAGAGAACCCCCACAGGAUGCCGACGAGGUGUCAGCAGGGCCUCCGGGCAGCCCUGGGGGGGCGAGGGUCCACCUCGACACUCAACUCACGGUCGAUUUCAUGAUUCAGCCCCUCCUGGGCUGUUGGCCAGAGACGGCUCGCAUAGUCCCCCGGCGAGUGGGUCCCCCACAAGGCCGACUGUUUCCUCAGAGCAGCAAGAGGGGAUGCUAGCCAGGUGGAAGGCACCAUCUUUCGGAACCCCACCCGGGGAGCCAUGCGCCGCCACCUUGGCCAUAGUCUCUCGUUAGAAGUCAGUCACAGGCCUCACCAACCCCCCGGGUGUGCUCACCUCAGCCAGGGAAACUUGUCUCUGACCCGGAUGGCUGGCCGUGAUACCCUCUAUCGGCUUGCUGUCCGGCUUCUGGAGCAGGAAUACCAGGAGGCGGGGAAAGCUGUGGGCCACGUCAGCCAUUGGCCUACUACACCUUCUCAACAGCUCAGAGCUUCAGCAGCUGUGAUGGUUCGAAUGUUCUCUUGCUGUUUAGAUUUAUCAUCUCUCCAUGGCUCUGUGGUUAGAUUGAGCUGUGGCUGCCUGAUUCUCUCCUCCACAACUACUUCUACAAAUACUGGCUACAGUAUUUGACUUCUAAGGAUGCCAUGUAAAGGAUAGUUUUUAAAGCUUGUUUUAAACGUCUUUACCAUCUUUUAAAGUGUGUAGUUAAAUUAGUAGCACUUGGAGAAAGUGUCGAUUGCCAUUGCUGUGAGUCUCGAAUGAUGGAAAAUGCUUCAUUUCACAUGAGCAGAUGAGAGAUAUACAGCAGGGAGGUACCGCUAUAAUACAAAGGAAAUUGCUAUUGCACUGAGUAUCCUGAAACUGCUUUCAAAAAUUAGAUCUGGGUAGAAAUCAAAGGGGAAGCAGUUUUCAUGAGCUUUGUACAUUAAGAUUCUUAUUAUAGAGAAAUCUAUUUUGGAUUCUUCUAGCUUCUGGGGUUUGCUGGCCGUCUCUGGUUUCCCUUGGCUUGUGGGUGUAUCACUCCCAUCUCUGCUUCCACUAUCACACGGUUAUCGUCCCUCUUUGCCUCUCUCUUCUCAUACAGUCACCAGUCAUACUGGAUUCAGGGUCCACGUACUCCAAUAUGGCCUCCUUUUAGCUAAUUACAAGUGCAACAGCCCCAUUUCCAAAUGAGUUUGAGUUACUGGAGGUUAGGACUUCACCACAUAAUUUGGGAAGGACGCACUUCAACCCCAAACAACAGCCAGGGCUUUUCUUGUCUAGAAAGGACUCAGAACUCUGUGAGGGUUGCAAAUGCCUUGUGAAUGAGAAAGUCAUUUAUGAUCCUUGGCAGACUAAAGGCAAGUUCUCUCUCACCUGUGAAUAAAGCUAUUAGGUGAUGUGAGUGUGUUUCCGCUGUCAUUAUCCUUGAGCUUAAAGCCAUAAUUGUGUCCAUUAUUUCCAAUAUUCCCUUAUUUCACAUGGUUGCGUUCUCUUCCUUUCUG